GAACCUUGCGUUCCCAACAACGGUGCUGACGGUAUCUCUAACGAUGUGGCUACGGAGCAAGAUAGAAGCAACCGCACAUUACUGACCUCGUUCGAGCGCGCGACGGCCUCAUCCUCGUCUCCUGUUGCUCGCCAGGAUUUAUUCCUCGCGUUCUAAAUCCCAAACCCCACCGGUCGGCAAAAUGGCUCUCUUGGGCUUCGUCGUUGUUCUCACCGUUCUCAUCCUCACCUCCGCCCUCCUGGCUUCGUCUUCUACUCCCUUCAUCGUCUUGCACGGAAUCGGCGACCAGUGCGAGAACCAAGGGGUAACGGAGUUCACUGAGUUCUUGAGCAGUUGGUCUGGAUCCGAAGGACAUUGCAUAGAAAUUGGAGAUGGAACGUGGGACUCGUGGCUUAUGCCCCUCGUAGAGCAGGCUAAUGUCGUCUGUGAGAAGGUAACGGAAAUGAAGGAAUUCAGCAUGGGCUACAAUAUUGUUGGUCUUUCCCAGGGAAACUUAAUUGGUCGAGCAGUUAUUGAAUUCUGCGAUAAUGGACCUCCUGUAAAAAAUUUUAUCUCACUAGGCGGACCUCAUGCUGGUACUGCUUCUGUACCGCUAUGUGGUUCUGGGAUUAUCUGCAUGCUUGUGGAUGACCUCAUCAAAUCAAAAGUCUAUUCUGACUAUGUGCAGGCCCAUCUGGCUCCUAGCGGGUAUCUCAAAAUUCCAACUGAUAUCCAAGAGUAUUUGGAAGGAUGCAAGUUUCUUCCUAAGCUUAACAAUGAACUGCCCACCGAACGGAAUUCUACAUACAAGGAAAGAUUUAGUAGCUUACAGAAUUUGGUUCUGAUAAUGUUUGAACAUGACACAAUUUUGAUUCCCCCAGAGACAUCUUGGUUUGGGUAUUAUCCAGAUGGUGCCUUCAGUGCUGUUUUGCCUCCACAGCAGACGACUCUAUACACGGAAGACUGGAUCGGUCUAAAAGCUCUGGAUGAUGCUGGACGAGUCAAAUUCAUCAGUGUUCAGGGGAACCAUCUUAGAAUCUCUGAGGAUGACAUAAAAAAGUACAUAGUUCCUUUCUUGGUGGAUGACAAACCAUCGAAACUUCUGCGACAGAAAUCUUCAGUUGACACUGGACUACUUGCCUUCACCAUGGAUCCUGGGAAAUAAAUCAAGAUGAGCAGCUGAAAGUACUAUACAGUCGUAGUAGUUGUUUUAAGGGUUACCGUGGUGAAAGCCUUUAGCUAUAUUAUAAAAAAUGCACUUGUAUUGCUUUCGCUUUCCAGUGCAAAGCGGUUGUAGAUAAUUAUUGUGGAGUAUGGGAUAUAUAUAUAUAUAUAUAUAUAUAUAAUUAUAUAGAUAACUUUAGCUUUCUACUUUGAAAGAGUUGCAGGUUUUAA